UUUCGGCGCUUCGCAAACUUGCUCCCGCUGCGCUCACUCGGAGUAGGCUCCAAGGUCACCAAAACGCUUAACCCUAAUGGGCUAGCAUUAGUUUCUUUGCAGUAUUGUUUAUAAGCAUAUCCAUUGAGCGACAGCUCCUCGCAGUUCGCUGGUGAUCACUGUCGGUUUCUCUCUUCAAUUUCUGCUGUUUGGUUUGGCCGCGACAGGAACGAAGUCUCAAUUCGCGGCUUUGUGAACAUUCGACCCGAGCAUCGUUGAUCACCAUGAGUUCUGGCCACGACACAAUGCCAGGGGCACGACCUGCGGUGGGAGGUCCAUUGGGUCCUCAAUAUGGCGUCCUCGGAAAUCCGCAAGGAAGAGCAGCGGAUGGCAAUACUGGGUUGUCGAACGCAGCAGGGCUUGCGUCUUUGUCGAAGCGACCGAGUGAAGCAGGGGCAGCUUCUUCCAAAAAACGGAAGAAGCCAGCAGAACGGGUGCUGCCCAAGCAGAUCGAAGCAUAUAUACCCGAAUCGAAGCUAUACACCCAGAUGCAGGAGUUUGAGAGGAAACUGGACACCACCAUCAGCAGAAAGAAGCUGGACAUGAUGGAACAAAAGAGCCAAAUGAAGCCAACAAAGCGGGUCUUGAGAGUGUUUUUGUCGAAUCUGGCGUCUGAUCAGUUCGCGGACGUGACGGAGGAGGAGGAUCUGUUCAGUUUAGAAACGAUGCGCGCACCAUCUUGGACCUUACGGAUAGAGGGACGACUGCUGGAUCUACCUGCCAGCCGAAAACCUCAAGUCAACCCACCGAAGUUCUCGAGCUUCGUACGAUCUGUCGUGGUCGAACUGGAAAGGGAUGGAAACUUGUACCCUGAAGACAACGUGAUAGAGUGGCAUCGAAUGGACGGAACACCAGAAUGUGAUGGCUUUGAGAUCAAGCGAAAGGGCGACAGUAACGUCAAUGCAAAGAUCAUGAUAUAUUUGGAGAACAAGCCCGAAAAGUUCAAGCUGUCACCGCCACUGGCCAAGUUGCUGGACAUACAUACGGACACUGCUGCUAAUGUGAUCAUAGCAUUAUGGCAAUAUGUCAAGUUCCAAAAGCUACAAGAGCCUGAUGACAAGCGCCAGAUCAAUUGUGAUGAACAACUCCGAAAUAUCCUUGGAAUGUCACGGGUCUCAUUCUCGCAAAUACCAGAAUUGCUCCGCGCCCACUUUUCUCCACCAGAUCCGGUGAUCCUCAACUAUACCAUCACGACCGACAAGGAGCACCAUGUACAUCAGUUUGCGUACGACAUUGAUGUCGAGGUUGCCAGUCCAGCGGAUGGUGGGGAUGUGGUAGCACCAAACAUCACAAAAGACAUUGGGGCGUUGGACGAGAAGAUCACGAGUUUGAUUCAAUCCAUCAACCACUGCAAACUGAAACGUGACUUCAUGCUUGCAUUUGCGGACAAUCCGGUGGACUUCUUGGACCGAUGGGUGGCCAGUCAAAGUCGAGACCUUGAGACGGUACUGGGCGACUCUCACUUCAACAUGGAGGAGAUUCGCAGAUCAGACUUUUACGACAAGGAGAUUGUGCAUCAAGCUGUGUUCCACCAUUUGCGACAGAAAGAUGCUAUUUAGAGGUUGCGGCUAUCCGUCUGCCAUUUCCCUUCCGCGAUUUGUAUAUAUCUGUACAGCGACGGAUGUAUUUACAUAUGGACAUCG